GAGCCGAAGAGUCGGAUCCUCGAUAUGUCUGCACUGUGGCUGCUCCUUGGUCUCCUUGCACUGACUGUCACAGAAUAAAACAGUGAUUGGAUGAGAAGUUUCUACAAGCUUGUAAUAGUGAAAGGAUUCUCAUGGGGAGCACCGUCCUGCCCCCUGCAGCCUCAGCUGAAAGCAGCACUUGGGGGUGCUAUGGCAACAUCCGCACCCUGGACACCCCUGGAGCGUCUUGCGGGGUUGGAAGACGUCACGGCCUGAGCUACUGUGGAGUUCGGGCUUCUGAACGGCUGGCGGAAAUAGACACGCCGCGCCUGCUGAGACAUCAGCCCAUGAUGCGCGCUGUCGGCCAAAGGUACUGCGUGGAUCCCGCGGUGGUCGCUGCCAUCGUGUCCCGGGAGUCUCAGGGUGCCGGCGUUCCGGUCAACGUGGGCACCGUGGACGAUGGAGUCGGAGAGGUGCAGGACCCUGCCAUACAUGGUCGCACACCUUGGAUCAGCGAGCCCCAGGUCUCCCACAUGACCGAGACUCUGACUGCUAGAAUCAAAGAAAUCCAGAGGAGGUUUCCCACCUGGACUCCCGACCAGUACCUGAGAGGUGGGCUGUGUGCCUAUAGUGAGGGUGCUGGACGUGUCCGAAACAGCCAGGACCUGAGUUGUGAUUUCUGCAAUGACGUCCUUGCUCGAGCCAAGUACCUCAAGAGGCGUGGCUUCUAGCGCUUCCCUUGAAUUCCAAGAUCCCUGCCAACGAGGCCUCGCCCACUGUCACACAGAUGAACUAGCAGGUGGGGCUCGGACCUGCCCAUUCAAGUCUAACAUGAAUCACAAUAAAGGAAUAAAGGGUGAUU